GUGGUGUGGCCCAACAUGAGAAAUAGUACAAUGGGGCUGCUAUAUAAACACAUGAGAAGGCGAGAAGGUCACAUCAGUUUACCAAGAAGGCAGCAGAUAUCCACACACAGGCCACACCAUGAAGCUGCUCGCAGUCGUGUUGAUGGCCGUGCUCGUGCUGCACAGCGCGCAAGGCUACGAGGAGAAGGCCAGCUCUCCGCCGCCGAAGCCAUCCGGCAAUCCCCCGACGGGGACUCCACCCGGCUCCCCCCCAUCGGGGACACCGUCCGGCCCCCCGCCCACGGGGAAGCCCACGAAGUCCUUCAUCCCGGACGACCGCGUGAGCAGCCUGGCGUCGCGCCUGCAGCAAGUGCUGCUGUCCGAGAAGGACGUGCAGGAGAGGUUCAAGCUGUGCGUGAAAGUCUGCGGCAGUUCGUGAUGUGAAAAUGUCAAACAAAUAAAUGGAGCAAGCAAGAGUUGGACAUGCAUACAGUA